AUGGGUAAAUUCUUCGUAUCCUGGGAGCUAUGGCAGCAGAUGACCUUUAUUCUGGCCUGCGCCAUCGGCGUCGUUUUCAUUAUCGGUUUCGUCAAACUGUGGUGGAUGAAUCGGUACAUCGCGAGGCAAGAGAUAAUUGACGCCGAGAAGAGAGCACAUGCCGCCGAGCUCGCGGCGACCGGCCUCCCAGUACCUCCACGCAAGAAAUCCGAAGUCCCUUUCGGCGUCCGCGCCAUCCAGUCUGGUGUUGAAGUUGAUGGCAUCUGGAUAUCUCGCCCCAACACGCCGUCCACCGAACCGUCUCCCAACUCAGCCAGAGCCAAGGGCAAGUAUGUUUCGAUGGGCCCUAUUUCGCCUCGCUCUUCAGUCUCCGACGCCUUUAGGUCUUCGACAUCGUCUCGUGGUGAAAUCGGUCCUCAGACGUACCGACCCAAGUCUACCUACAAUCCGGGCACGAGCAGAGCCGAUGCUCUGAGCCAGCUCGAGGGCAAGCCCCAGGAAUCCUUUGCCCACGACACGUAUUAUCCCCGAAGUAACAAUCACAUGUCCGAGAAUUCAGACGAGGCCAUGGACGGCUCUUCGUACAACGGCGUCGAUGUCCGAGUGCCCGCCCACGGACCCCCCGUCAACCGCCACCUGAAGAACGCGCGCAAUGCCAGAGAAAACAACCCGCAGCCCCGCACUGGCAACGGUGUUCGCGCCGACAAGGGUAACCUUCAACCUCCCAAGGAAGGUAAAGGAUACUCUGGCCUUCCUCAGGCCUCUCCCGGUCCCAGCGAAUUCUCCGACCCCUUUGCGGACCCUCAACAGCCGACAGAUAUUUUCAGUGAUGACCACGCCAUCCCGCCCUCGUCUCCCCACGUGAAGUUUGCGGCCGACGAGCACAUCACACGCCAGCGCUCCUAUAGUGGCAGUAGUAGCGGAAGCGGCAGUGGGCGUCACGUUUAG